UAAGAAAUAAAAAUACUAUUUUUGUGAAGAACAUGAAUGUUGGAAAUUGGCUGAGUUUUAUAGACGUGCCAAUAAGCGUGGCUAUGUCCACAAAUAAUGUAAUAAACAGAAAGCGAAAGAUUUUGCAUGGAUUUUUGAGCAUUGAUGACUAGCAUGAUUAAGGCCGGGCAAUCUCUGAAAUGGGUUCUCUUGAAUUUGAUUAACAAGUGCAACGACUUGAGAUCUUUCAAGCAAAUCCAUGCGCAUCUAUUGACUUCUGCCCUUGUUGCCAAUGACUUGGUUGUCACAAAAGCUGCAAGCUUUUUCGGAAAACGUGUGACUGAUGUUCAUUACCCUUGCAAUUUCCUGAAGCAAUUUGAUUGGAGCUUGAGCUCGUUCCCUUGCAAUUUGAUGAUUUCUGGGUAUGCUUCUGGCCAAUUACCCUGGGUUGCAAUCCUGAUUUUUAGAUGGGCUGUUAGGAAUGGGUUUGUGCCUGAUGUGUACACUGUCCCUGCAGUUUUGAAAUCUUGUGCCAAGUUUUCUGGGAUUGGAGAGGUUAGACAGUUUCAUUCAGUAGCUGUUAAGACUGGCUUGUGGUGUGAUAUCUAUGUGCAAAACACUCUUGUCCAUGUUUAUAGCAUUUGUGGGCACACUGUUGGUGCUGGCAAGGUGUUUGAUGACAUGCUUGUGAGAGAUGUGGUAUCUUGGACUGGUUUGAUAUCUGGGUAUGUGAAGGCUGGGUUGUUUAAUGAUGCCAUUGCAUUGUUUUUGAGAAUGGAUGUGGAGCCUAAUGUGGCAACCUUUGUUAGCAUACUUGGGGCUUGUGGGAAAUUGGGUUGUUUAAAUUUGGGGAAGGGGAUUCAUGGGUUGGUUUUCAAGUGUCUGUGUGGGGAGGAGUUGGUGGUAUCCAAUGCUGUGUUGGAUAUGUAUAUGAAGUGUGAAUCUGUGGCUGAUGCAAGGCAAAUGUUUGAUGAGAUACCUGAAAAAGAUAUUAUUUCUUGGACUAGCAUGAUAGGCGGGUUAGUGCAAUGGCAGUGUCCCAGGGAAUCACUGGAUUUGUUCAGUCAAAUGCAGGAUUCAGGUUUUGAGCCUGAUGGGGUUAUACUGACUAGUGUGCUUUCUGCUUGUGCCAGUCUCGGGCUUCUUGAUUAUGGCAGAUGGGUUCAUGAAUACAUCGAUCGCUGCCAUAUCAAGUGGGAUGUUCAUAUUGGAACAGCAUUGGUUGACAUGUAUGCAAAAUGUGGUUGUAUAGAGAUGGCACAGCGUAUCUUCAAUGGAAUGCAUUCUAAGAAUAUUCGUACUUGGAAUGCUUAUAUAGGUGGUCUAGCAAUAAAUGGAUAUGGGAAGGAAGCAUUAAAACAAUUUGAAGAUUUGAUUGAUUCUGGCACAAGGCCUAAUGAGGUGACAUUUCUAGCAGUUUUUACAGCUUGCUGCCAUUCUGGUUUGGUAGAUGAAGGCCGGAAGUAUUUCAAUAAGAUGACAAGUCCCCACUUCAAUCUUUCUCCCUGGUUAGAACACUAUGGAUGCAUGGUUGAUUUGCUCUGCAGGGCUGGACUGGUGGGGGAAGCUGUGGAGUUAAUAAAGACAAUGCCCAUGCCCCCUGAUGUACAGAUCCUAGGAGCUCUUUUGAGUGCCUGCAAUACAUAUGGAAAUGUUGGAUUCACCCAUGAAAUGUUGAAAUCACUGAAGAAUUUUGAAUUCCAAGAUAGUGGCAUAUAUGUGCUUCUUUCUAAUCUGUAUGCAACUGAUAAAAAAUGGGCUGAAGUGAGAAGCGUUAGGAGACUGAUGAAGCAGAAAGGAAUAAGCAAGGCUCCAGGUUCUAGCCUUAUAAGGGUGGAUGGUAAGAGUCAUGAAUUUUUUGUUGGAGAUAAUAGCCAUCCUCAAAGUGAGGAUAUUUACGUACUAUUGAACAUCCUUGCCAAUCAAAUCUACCUUGAGGGGCAUAUUAUUACCAUAUCUUGAUCAAGCAGACAUGCCUAACCUUGGAGCUCAAGCUUUUGAUUUUGAAUUUAAACAAAUUCUAAUGGCCAGAUUGGGACUGGUUAUGGAAGUUCAUAAUAGUUGCAUGAGACCAUGACAUUUAUGGUAAAGAUCCGGGGUCACCCUUUGUCAAAUUAAACUUAGCUUAUGCAUUGAGAAACAGUUCGGGAGCAAGGUGGAUAUGUAGGUGCCCUAUUUUAGGGGUCAGGGGGAAAUUUAUGUUGCAUCUGUGCAACACUAAUAACGUUUCAUGUUUAUGAUUGUGAGGGAUUGGUCAUGUGAAUUUUGAUGAGAGUAGUUACCGUGCCUCAAGCUCUGGCAUUGUGACUAAAACAGAGAAAUAGAUGACACUUAGAUAAAGUUCAGGUAGCGAAGGCGUCAACUCAUUAGCAAGCAUGUGGUCAACAAAAGAUCUCCAUUCUCCACCCUUCAUUCUAGGAGAUCUUCCAGAGGCAUAAGCAUGAUAGAUUUUUUCCAACGUCAGAUUUAAAUAUUUAAGGUGAGAAAUUAUUGAAUAAAUUUAUGUACACGAGUUGUGUAAAUUAAAGUAGUUGUUUGACCAAGUACUAACAGUUAUUUAAGAAGCGGGUUCCAUAAGGGUUUUUGUCAUUUCCGGAUGUCUCGCUUUCUAUGAAAAGGUUUGAACAAGAAAAAUACAAUUACAUGUAUAUAUUAUGAGACUGAGCUUAUGUAUAACCAAAAAAAUAUUAUGAGUUUAUGACUAUUACUCAUAUUGCAAUGAAACAAGGACUAAGAGACUCUUCAGAUGUAUUCGCGAGAAUAAAUAAAAUACAUCAAUGAUGUGAACUUAA